CAAGAUUUUAAGACAGCCAACUAACAGCAACAACCUACUUUGAAACUGUCAAGCAGCCAAAGCUUAGAACAAAAUGAAUAUGUCAUUGUAAAAUACAAAACAAAAAGAAAAUCUUUCUUUCUCUUUGAUCAGAGCAUGGUCCAGCCAAGAAUUCAUUCCAACAGUUCUUUUCUACUUUUUUCCUCUGUCAAACUCUGCAACAGUAGCUUUGAUCCUUGGUGCUUAGUUCUUUUAACUAAUUAGUGAAAACAUCUACUCACUUUUUGGCUGAAAUGAAUGAGGUUGUUUUGAAGGCUGUUAUAGCUUCAGUUCUAACUACUUCGAUAGUUUCUAGCAUACUCUUUUAUUUCUUCUACAGGUACUAUGUAAAUCGUCAACGGAAGAAAACCAAGUUGAAAAAUUCAAGUUUUCGUCGAGAGGGUUCUGGUUCUGUGCCUCAUCAAGAAGUCCAGCAACGUGGAGCUUUAAAAGGGCUGGUAGUUGAUGAAAAUGGACUAGAUGUUAUAUAUUUGAGAAGAUUUGAAGAUAGACAGCUAGGAAGUUGUUUUUCCAAGAUUUGGGUGAAUUAUAUUGAUGAGGAGGAGGAAGAGAAGAGAAUGGAUAGCGGAGGAGAGAAUCCAGUUUCAAGCGAUCAUAUUCAAGAAAUUCCUUUACUGCAAAAUUGUAUUAGCAAUGUAGGUAGUUAUGAGAAGAAAGAGGUAGUUACUGCAUCACAACAAACAAUUAACUCACAACAGACAUAUCCUCAAUUUCCAUCAGCCUCAUUACAGUUUCAACAUAAGGAAAUCACUCCUCCAUCGGAAACACCGUCUCAACAAGCAAUUCUCUUGAGUCAAAAUCCGCCUCAGCCACCAAUACCUCCACCAUCUCCACCGCCUCCGCCUCCUCCCCUUCCAAUGAAAAGGAUUUCUAAAGCACCAACACCACCUAAUGCAGCAAAAUCAAAACCUUCACCUCCACCCCCACCAAAGGGUAGCGGUUUGAGUUCAUUGUUAAAGCCACCUAUUGCACCAAGAGGGAAAGGGAGCAGCCAAGAGAAAGCAGAAGCUCGAAAUGAAGAAAAGUCAAAAGAUAAUGGUGAAAUUCAAGUCAAAUUAAGGCCACUGCACUGGGAUAAAGUCAUUGCUAAUGCUGAUCAUUCUAUGGUUUGGGAUGAAAUCAACAAUGGAUCAUUCCGAUUUGAAGAUGACCUUAUGGAAGUUCUCUUUGGAUACGAUGUCAAAUCCCAGAAAAUCCCUGAAGGAAAUGGCGCGAUCACAAGCUCAGGCACUUCUAAGUUGGCUCGACCAGCUCAGAUCUUUAUUCUCGAUCCUAGGAAGUCACAGAACACAGCAAUUGUGCUAAAGUCUCUUUCAAUCUCUCGUAAAGAAAUACUUGAUGCCCUGUUGGAGGGUCAAGGACUCAGCGUUGAUACUCUUGAAAAACUAACCAAGAUUUGCCCAACUGAAGAAGAAACAUUAAAAAUCCUCCAAUUUGAUGGUAACCCAAGUAAACUUGCUGACGCUGAGUCUUUCCUCUACCAAAUGCUGAAAGCUGUUCCUUCUGCUUUUAGGCGUUUCAAUGCGAUGCUUUUCAGAUCAAGCUAUGAUCCAGAAAUUCUAAACCUCAAAGAGAAUUUGCAAACAAUUGAGCUAAGUUGCAAGGAAUUGAGAACAAGUAGAAUUUUCUUACGACUUCUGGAAGCGAUUCUUAAGGCUGGCAAUCGAAUGAAUGCAGGAACAGCUAGAGGAAAUGCUCAGGGAUUCAACCUUAGUGCCUUGCAAAAAAUAUCAUAUGUAAAAAGCAACGAUGGAAAAACAACUCUGCUUCAUUUUGUAGUUGAACAAGUCAUCCGUUCAGAAGGUAAGCGUUGCCUAAUCAAUAAAGGUAGCAAGGCAGAAAAACUAGAAAAAGAUACAGAGCACCUAACACUAGGUUUGCCAGUAUUGCAAGGAUUGAGUUCCGAAUUCUCUAAUGUAAAGAAAGCAGCUUUCAUAGACUAUGAUAGUUUCAUCAACACAUGUUCCACUAUUACAAUGCGAGUAAAUGAUGUUCAGCAGCUCUUAAUGUGCUGUGGAAAUGCUGAAAGAGAUCGAUUUGUAAAAGAGACGAAAGUGUUUCUAGAGGAAUGCGAAGAGGAACUCAAGGUGAUCAAAGAAGAACAAACAAGAGUCAUGGACCUUGUGAAGAGAACGACAGAGUAUUACCAAGCAGGAUCUUCGAAGGACAAAUGCACUCAGCCACUUCAGUUGUUUGCCAUUGUGAAGGACUUUCUGGACAUGGUUGAUAAAGUGUGUUUUGAUAUCACAAAGAAAGUACAGAAGAAGAAUGCAUCAAGCAUAGAGUCAUCACCACCCCGAUCAUCAACACCAAGAACUCCUGUGAGGUUCCAUAACUUGAGAACAUACUUUACACCAGAAAUUGUAAGUAGUGAAUCUGAGAAUGAGUUCUGAUGGAACUUCAUUACUCUUAGAACAUCAGUUUAAGUAGAGUAGAUAGUCGAAAGUACUAAUCUUUACAUUCUUCAUAUUUGAAAUAUCACAUUGAUAUACGGGUUCACCCCCCUCCUUCCCAGAAAGAGAAUAAACUAUCUUA